CCGGUUCCUUCACCCACGAUAAAGCCACGCCUGCGUAUGUGGCUCCGAAUCCGUCCUCCCACAUCGCAGGCUCACUGACACGCAGCAGUCCCCGCUUGCCGCUUUGCUGGUAUCUCGUGUACUCUCCGCUCGCGCCUCUUCUCUUCCCACAGGUUGGUCUGCUCGCGUCUGACACUUCUUCCUUCGCCAUCUCCACUUCAUCUUGUUAGCUUUACAGGAUUAGCACCGUCGCGCAGAGCCCCAGAGAAUCAUCUUUCCAUUUGCAUAAAUUGACAGGUGGCUGCAGAAAUUCUCAUCUCUUGGACGCAACCGGAAGCCACUAUCAAAUGUCGUCCGCAAAAAUAACACCUACAGCCUCUGUCCUCUCUUCAACGAUGAAAAACCUGGGCUUUGGUCUCCACCUCCCAAGCUACACCGUCCUACCCAGCAACUUCAAACAGCGCUAUGGUUGCUCCCAAAGAAGACUCUGCAUAAUGGCGAAGUCAUUGGCCUCGAACCCUCUAGAAGUCUGUGCUAAGGCAUCUGUAACCAUCCCUAACAAGUUGGGUGACUGUCCCUUUUGUCAGAGGGUACUAAUGACCAUGGAGGAAAAGCAACUUCCUUAUGACCUCAAAUUGGUGGAUUUGGGUAACAAACCAGAAUGGUUUUUGAAAAUCAACUCAGAAGGUAAAGUUCCAGUGGUGAAACUUGAUGAGAACUGGGUUGCAGAUUCAGAUGUCAUCACACAAUCCCUGGAAGAAAAGUACCCCGAUCCACCAUUGAAGACCCCAGCUGAGAAGGCUUCAAUCGGGUCAAAAAUAUUUUCAACAUUUAUUGGUUUUCUCAAGAGCAAAGAUUCCUCUGAUGGCACUGAGCAGGCACUCCUUAAUGAACUCAGUUCUUUCAAUGACCAUAUCAAAGAAAAUGGCCCUUUUAUUAAUGGGAAGGAGAUCUCUGCAGCAGACUUGUCCUUAGGGCCAAAGCUACACCACAUGGAGAUUGCUUUGGGUCAUUAUAAGAAUUGGUCAGUGCCGGACACUCUACCUUUUGUGAAGUCUUACAUGCAGAGUGUCUUUUCUAGAGAUUCUUUUGUCAAAACACGAGCACUUAAGGAGGACGUCAUAGCAGGAUGGCGUCCGAAAGUCAUGGGUUAAACAUGUCUCCAGGCGCUUUAUGCCAUUGCUGGUGAUUUCGGAUGUGCACACCCUAUACUCUAGUAGACUCUGCAAACUACAACGAUCGGUGGAUGGAUUCACCGUGCUUUUGGAUGCAGAGUUAAUUGGUAGAAUAGUCAAUUCUACUUUUUGCUGUCUUGUUAAGGCGAUGGACUUGUAAUUUAUUAAAUGCGGUUUUAGCUAGAGUUUACUUAGGGUCCAUCACAAGCAUUGCGUCGUAUGAGGCUUGAGAUGGCACUAUAUCGGCUUGUUCCCAGUGUUACCAUGUAAAGCAGGCUAUUCUAUUUGUAAAUCCAACCUCUCCCCGUUUCCCAUCA